AUGUGCAAUCCACUCUCUACUACCGCUUCCGAAUCCAGCAAGGAGGCCCAGGGAUUUGUAUUGUUCGGGUCACUGAACGGGCCCACACGCUUCCCGGGUCAUUCUGGCUGGACUAUGUUCCUGUGUUCGAGACGACGUGUCUGGGGACCGGGGGAUGCCGCCGAGAACACCGGCCAGCAGCCGAACAACAACACCAAGGCCGCCGGGGACGCUUGCCUGUGGGAUAGACUGGAACACCUCUCCCACGCAUGGGUGAAAUCCAUCGACACCCGCCCUGGCGGCGUCGCACGGGGCUUGGGCAUGGACUCCGCCGUCCGGAUCUGGGAGCUGCAGUGGUUUGGCAUCCGGGAUAUUCUCCAAUCGCGCGACCCGGCCAGUGGAAAACCUCGCCAAUGGAACAAGUUCCUUGGUGAGGAAAUCCAGGCUCAGGCGAAAAGCCCGGAGCUCUGGCGCGAGUGGGCGAGAGAUGAACGUCCUGGUACUGUACACCCAAUCCUUGACCACCUGAUUCCUGAAAUCCUCACCCUCUCAGCCAUGCGAUGCCAUAUACGCCUGGCUCAUUGGUUGUGGAGUGACUACCACACUGUCUCUCGCUUCGGCCUCAAUGCAGCCACUUCCUGCUCGUUGUUGCAUACAGAACCCUCCUUGCCAUCAACCAUGGCACCAUCAUCCUCACCUUUCCGCCGUAACCAUCAUGCCCAUGCUCCAAGUGUACCUCAAACAGAACCCUGUGAAAAACUACAUCCCACAAGCCUCGCACGGCUGCGUUCUGGCCCCAUGCAUGACCUCGUCGUGGCAGCUGUCCGGCCAUCGGUGCCUGGGACCUUCCUCCUUCCUUCUCUCAUCAUCCCAUCAAUGAAACUCUUGUUUGGCCAGAACAUCUCUUUCCAUAGCAUGACAGCAGCUCGGGCCGUCCAUAUUUGUGAACAUCCCGAAACAUUGGACGCGGUUCCUACCGAGGCGGGACAUGCACGCGAACCGAAGCAGACUCUUGCGGACAAAGCCGAUGGGUUGCGGGUGGCCGGACACCACUGUUGCUGGUUGGCGCGAGUGCACCUCGUGGCCCAGUGUGCCAACCGGGACCUUGUCUCGGUUACCCAGAAGCAGGGAGAGGCGGCAUCACCUAUUACCAGCGCCUGCUUGACCUUUGUGACGCCUCAAGUACCGCUCGAAGCAGCCCAGGAGCUCCGGAGGCAGUUGCUCGCUUUCCUCUACUCCCACCACCGGCUCUACAUGGACAGGCUGGGGCGUCCGUUACCCAGCCUCGUCCUACAUCAGAUCAAUCCGGCCUUUAGUCUCUCGGACUACCGCUGGAUCCAACUCAUUCUGCACCAACAGUUGAAGCCAACUCGCCCUCCAGCCUUCUUGCUCUCCAGCCGACGUGUACCCCCUUCGGAGGACUCUCAGCAGCUAACCGGGUAUGAAGACUGGGUCCAGGACGGUGGCACGGACCGUGAUGGAAAGGGACACGGAACCGGUAUCAUCAGCCUCGUGAGGCGCAAUGCCUCUUUCUACAAUCGAGGUGCAAGUGAAAUCUUCGCCAGCCGUCCCACAGAUUACGGCUGUCCCCGUCAGAAGCCGGGAAAUCCUCCAUCGACACCUUCUGUGGCAGGGUGAUUCGAUCUAACGUCCCGGAGGAUUUCGCCUUGCCGGGGGCAUGAGCGGAGACAUUUCAGUGCAGCCCAAGGCCUGAUGGACAGCGUGAAUGACCUGUCCGAGACUGGAGCCGGAUUCACA